AUUUUAAUUAAUUUCAGAUAAUCCUAGUUGUCUUAAAGAUAUAAAACAUUUGUUUUAUGGUAUACGCGUUGAGUUGCGGCUCAAACUCCUCAAAGAAAACUUUUAAAUGUAACGGAACGAUAAGUUAAGUGGGAAAUUCUUGGGAACUAUGUCUGCGAUGGGCGAGCCAAUCUUCGCAACAUGGGCCGCUCAACGUGCCGCUGGCUUUGGUGGUAAUCUAACCGUUGUCGACAAAGUACCACCAGAAAUACUUCAUAUGGUAGAUUCUUAUUGGUAUCAAUUCGCCCCAAUGAAUCCAUUGUGGCAUGGGAUUUUGGGUUUUGUUAUUGGAGCUUUGGGAUUGGUGUCCAUUAUAGGAAAUGGCAUGGUCAUGUACAUAUUCCUGAGUACCCCAGGUUUAAGAACGCCAUCCAACCUUCUGGUAGUGAACCUUGCAUUUUCCGAUUUCGGCAGUUGUUGCAGCCAAUCAGUUCCCAUGGUAAUAAAUUGUUAUUAUGAAACUUGGGUCUUAGGUACUUUGGGCUGUGAACUUUACGGUUUGUCUGGCUCCCUGUUCGGCGGAGGUGCCAUUUGGACGAUGGUUUAUAUAGCACUGGACCGAUACAACGUUAUAGUUAAGGGUUUGAGCGCCACACCGCUUACCAAAAAGACCGCCAUGUUGCGGAUACUGAUGAUUUGGACUUUGGCGGUACUUUGGACGAUUGCGCCCUUGCUCGGAUGGAACAGGUAUGUUCCAGAAGGAAAUAUGACAGCUUGCGGCUUGGACUAUGUGAACAAAGACUGGCGCAGCGCUAGUUACGUUGUCGUAUACGCUACCUUUGUUUACUUGACGCCUUUAUUGACCAUCAUUUAUUCGUAUUGGUUUAUUGUGCAGGCGGUUUCUGCACACGAAAAAUCAAUGCGCGAACAAGCCAAAAAAAUGAACGUGGCCUCGUUGAGAUCUUCAGAAGCGACUCAGACGAGCGCUGAAUGUAAACUAGCGAAAAUCGCCCUCAUGACUAUUUCCCUUUGGUUUUUAGCCUGGACGCCGUAUCUGGUCACAAAUUUUGUAGGUAUAUUUGGUGAAAAUCAAAUAACACCUUUGGGAACUAUAUGGGCCUCAUUGUUUGCUAAAGCUAAUGCUGUCUACAAUCCUAUUGUAUAUGGAAUAAGCCAUCCCAAAUACAGGCAAGCUCUCCAAAAGAAAUUUCCAUCGUUGGUUUGCGGUGGUGACCAAACGCCGCAUCACCAGGACGAUACAACAUCGCAAGCUUCUGGCGUGACAACGACUGAUGACAAGCCAUCUGCCUAGAAAAAUUAACUGUAUAUACUUUUUUUGUAAUAAAUAAACCCUGCAUAUGAAGAAUAGCUUUGGUUU